AUGACCGCCACCCGUCGAUUUUUAAAUGUUUCUGCUUCCAUUGGGACCGCAAUAUCCAACAUUCAGCAAAAGCGGCUUCCAAAAAUGAAAAAAUCAGCAGCUCUUGUCGACGAAAGUUUCGAAGAGGGUCUUUCAAACACUGUUCAGGCUUAUACAGUGUCGACUGAGCCUGAACUCCUACUUAACUAUGCUUUGAGCAGAGAUGGGAAGUCCGUGAUGGUAGUCAAGGAAAACAACAAUUUUUUGUCAUCCACGACGCCCACGCAGUUAAGAUUUGACUUAUGGUCACUGUCUUCGGGAGAGCCUACUCUUACGAGUAUUGGCAAAUUGAACCAACGACUAUGGAACGCACAGCUCGGCAGUCCAGAAACUUCCGACGAUGCGACAGUGCAGAAACGCCAGAUUGAAGGAGUCAAACCCGACAUCUCAUUUUCGGACAAAUUAGAGUAUGGACUCAUUGAAGGCAGCCUUUACCGCUUCACGUAUGAAAACAGCUACAUGUCGAUACAAACAGUGUUGGAUCAUUGCGAGUUUAUGCCAUUAGAACCAACCAUCACCUCGGUUGAUGGUUUAGUCUUGAUGGCAAAUACUCAAACUCUUGACAUGGAAGAUGGUCCGGUACAGCCGAAAGAUAAAGACGCCCCUGAGGACUUCUUUGCUUAUCUCAAAUCGCCACCAAGAAGAUCCGAUGAUUUGGGAACUGCAUCUACAUCUGGUUUUACUGCACGUGAAGGAAGGCAAGUGUCUUUCGUACUCUGCGACGGUUGCGCCCUGAUGCGUAACGGAUCGGAAUGCUACUUCUGUACAGCUUGCCAACCCAGCCGCUACAACGUCUGCGUCUCUUGUCUCCACAAAGGCCAAUGGUGUAAUAACAAGGACCAUAAACUGGAAUCACGAGAGAAACAGCGGAAACCACUCUCCUGGAGAAACACUCACAGUUUGUCUGUUGUUGAUACUGGUCAGCUGCCAGCGUUUGAGCAGAGUCUAUUCCUCGAUAGACUGACUACUACCGUCAAGCAUGAACCCAUGGUUAGGAAAAACCUAAAACGAAUAUUUUGGUUCCUAGACGCAUGUCAUGUUCUAGACAUUGGCGUUGACGGUGGUAGUGGCGCCAUUUGCGCAAUCGAGCCCCUUGACCCAAGUUCAAAUAUUACGCGAAUUCACACCAACAUCUCCGGAGAUCACCAGUUUCUAUCCAAAUACCCAAGAAGACAGACAUGGUUUUUCAGCCUCUCCCAAUCAAGGAAACCAGAUUUUGUUCGUCAGAUGCUCCUCGUACAGAGCUGA